AUGUCAAAAUAUCAGCUUUCAACACCAGCCACUUCUAUUUUUACAACGGAUGGCGAAUUUGAGUUCAACACUAAUAGCUUGAACUUUGAAAACUAUCUUUCAUCGCCUUCAAGUGAAGAAACAGAAAUAAUAACUUCCUCUGAGGCUACUCCUACUUCUCCUCGAAACUCCUCUCUACAAGAUACAUCUAACUCACCGACAACUACUUCUCCAAACCAGCCUUCACGGAAUUCAAAACAAAAUUUUUUUUCUUUGUUUAAAAAGAGAGAUACUUCGAACAGUAUAAAUACCAGCCCUACAACCCGUUCCAUCUCUGCACUACCUCAACAAUCACUGGUUGAUGCAAAUAUUCUCGCGCAUGAUAGCAAUUUGGACACUGCAGAAAAAAUCGUACAAAAUAACAAUGAUUUAGAAACUAAUCAUAACGUAUCGCAAUCCAUCAUUGGUAGUGCUAGUGCACCAGACCUCCCUGCAUUAGACACUAAUGCGUUAGAUGAUGAGUACAAUGCAAUAUUGAAACAUCAAACCAGUGAUUUAGGCAAUCAUGCUUCUGAUGGAAAUGUUGGUUUGGUUAAUGACUUUUCCGAAGAAAAACCCUCAAGUAUCUCCUCAAAAAAACUUAAAAAAAGAAAAGACAGUAUAGCUUCUGAAAAAAUGUUUAAAGAAGACUCGGGGUUUAGGAAUACGAUGAAAAAUACUAUGCGUAAAACUUCUACAUUUUUCAAAAAACUUGGUAGCAAGCAAACCUCUGAUAAUUCUGCUAAUCAAAGUGAACGUCCAGCACUUCCAGAUUUUCAAGUACAAAACUCUCAAAUUGUAUCUUCUGAUACAUCACAAUAUCAUUUACGAACUAGUAUAGAUGUUAAAAAUGGUUCCUCAAUUCUGGAUUCUCUCUCUCCUACAACAAUUGAUGAUAGCUUUUCGGAUAAUAGUGCAAGUAUUGAUGAAAAAGAAUUACUUAAACGUACAUUACAAGAGUAUUCUUCUGUGUAUAUUGAUUAUGAAUUAGAAGAUGAUAAUGAUCGAAAAUCGAAUUUGUACCGAAUGUCUUUGUUAGGCGCUAACAAAAGCGUUCCUGAUAACAUUGGUAGAACUUAUGAUUGGAGUGCUAAAACUUCAAGUGAUAUAAUUGAGAAUAUGCCAAUAAAUACAAAUUAUACAACCAAUUUUUUUGAUAGUAAAAGAGUAAGCGGAAAUACAUUUAUGAGUUUACCGGUAAUAAAAAGUGAAAAGAAAAAAGCAGAAUCUAAGAUGGUACUGGAAGAUAUAAAAACAUUUAGCUUAUCGCGAGUCAAAGAAGAAGAUGGUGAAGAUGAUGCAAUUGAUAAAAAAAUUUCAACAAAUAAUUCAAAAAUAAAUAUGAAAAGGAAUACAAAAAAUUCAAGUAAGCACUACGACGUAAUGAAAGAUGCAUCGAAUUAUGAAAGCGUAUCCACUACGCCUCCUAUACAAUCACCCAGGAGUACAGAUGAAUCAUCUCCUAGCCGUAAAAGUAGUAAAAAAUCUUUUCAUAGCAGUAAAUCCACAACAUCUCUUUUUACAUCAGGUUCUUUAAUGGCCGAAGCUGAAGAACACAUUGCAUUAUAUUCAUCUAUGUCAUUACAACAACGAAGAGUCGUAUUGAAUAAAAGCGCGUCUCACGGUUCUUUAAAGGAUACAAAAGAUGAAGAUACGAUUUUUGAUAAUAGAACAUUGAGAGCUAAUUUAGAUUCAAGAUGUUUAAAUGUGAAGUCAAGACCGGGAAGCGAAACAGGUACGAAUUCUGGUCUCAGCCCAGCUACGAUUCCAAAACGGCCGGAUAAAAAAUUGCCGGAUAUACCAAAAAUAGACUUAAAAUCUGAGGCUGAUGUGUCAAACUCUCGUUCACCGCAUCGUCAAGCUUCCAGCAUUGCCAGCUCUAGUUAUGAAACUGCCAGCGGUUCAACUGCAACUCUUCAUACCGCCCCACCUUCACCAAUAACGGACAUUAUAGACCCCUCUAACCCUGAAGGAACUACACCAAAAAUACAGGUUGACGACGUCGCAUUUAUAUCUAGCCCACUUGAGACUCAUUUUGAUGAAGAUGCUAGCGAGGUUUCUCUUUCUGAAGCAAAACUUGCCGCCAAAAGGUGCCUCGAUGAAGAUGAAACUUUUAUUAAAAAAAGUUCAAUCGCAGAGUUCCUAGGUGGAACAAUAGACAUGGCAUUUAGGCGCCUAUGUGGAAAAUUAUACAUAAAGGGAGAAACACAACAAGUAGAUCGUAUUUUGGAAGCAUUUUCAAUUCGUUAUUGGGAAUGUAAUCCAAAAUCAAUAUAUGGUAGUGCUGACAUUGUUCAUGCAAUCGCAUAUUCGCUUCUACUUUUAAAUACCGAUCUCCAUAUCGCUCAACUUUCUAGUAAGAUGUCACGUUCACAAUUUGUACGGAACACAAUGGCUGCAAUCCAUGCUCAAAUCAACCAGGCAAUGCAUAGCCCCACUGAGGCAUAUGAAGAUGAUCAAAGUACAAUAACAUCAGUUGAUACAAAUGUAACAUCAGUUACUGCACGUCCACGUCGUAGCGGGAGUAUUAAAAGCUGGCGAAGUAACACAAAUUCAAGCAUGGCAAGCUUGACAUUCAUACCUAAUGGUUCCUCACGGCAGUGGGAUUUGGAAUUAGAAUCCCUUUUAAAAGAAAUAUAUACAGCCAUAAAAAAUAAUCAAAUAGUGCAGCCAUUUACAUCUGAACCUGAAAGAGUACAAUCGGAUUCCUCGAACAAUCUUUCACCAACAAUACAACGUAGUAUUAGUCUUUUAGGGCAUCAAAGCUCUAGAAUUAAUGCUCUCAAGAAAGGGAUUGCUGCUGCUAAUGCGAGAGCUCGCAAAAAUGCGAAUGGUAAAGUUUCUCCAAUUUCUCCAAGUCCCAGCUUUGGAAGCAUUGGUAGUGACACAAGCCUCGGAGCUGAUAGUUUGGCUCGCUCAAGUUCUCAAACAUUGCCUACAUUAUCUUCAUUUUCGCUGCGCCACACAUCUUCAUCAGAAACAGCACUUACGUCCACAAUAGCCGAGUGUAAUGAGGAUGAAUUCGAUAAUGACAGAGCAUCCAUUGAUUCAGCAUCCACUUCUGAAUCGUUGGAGUUAUACUUAUCUGGUGCACCAUAUGCCAAAGAGGGAUUGUUGGUCAGAAAACAGUAUUGGGAAUCAACAAAUAAAAGAGCUAAGGAUAAGUACUGGAAGGAGUGCUUUGUAGUUGUUGAAAAAGGUGAAAUACGAAUGUACAAAUUUGAUACUCAAAGUUCGUCCGGUUCAGCUGGCGCUGUAAAUCUCCGUCACACUAUUACCAAUGCUCUACCUCCACCGGGCUAUAAUCGUUCCCGUCCUCAUGUGUUUGCUCUUUCGAUGCCCAAUGGUGGUCUUUACUUUUACCAAGCUGGUACAGCUGAAUUAGUAGAUGAAUGGGUAUCAACAUGCAAUUAUUGGGCAGCAAGGAUGAGCAAAGAACCUUUAACUGGUGGUGUGAGCAACAUGGAAUACGGUUGGGGUAGAUGUUUAGAACCAAUACUCGAUAAUGAUGAAUUUUCAGAUAAAAAAAGUGUAAUGAGCGACCAUCGUAGUAUUAUGAGUGGUGGCUCAACUUAUGCUAGUGAUCGAAUUUUUGUUAAUGAGUGGAAAGCGCCAAUACCGCCCGGUGUCUCUAGUAAUCUUGAUGAAGCUGGACAACUCGCUGCUCUGAAAAAAUAUAAAGAUGAUCUUGAAGAAGAACUAGAACAGCAUAAGAAUUUCUGGGAUCCUAUGUCAAAAUUGUUUAGUCCACGCUCAUCAAAUCAUACUAAAGCUUUCUCCAAUUGGGAGAGAAAAUCCCAAUGGUUACUAUAUGAAAUAAUUAAGUAUACAACAUACAUUGAGUGUAUUGAAAAUUCAAUGGUUAUUCGUGAAAAGAAAAGGAAAGAAAGAGCUAAAUUAAAAAUGAAGGAAGCCGAAAUUAAUGAAAAGGUCAAUUGCUUAUUAGCUGCAGAAUCUACCGAUGAUGAUGAGAAACGAAAAGAACAAAAGCGUGCAGAAUUGCGUGCUCGUGCACGUUUAUCGAUGAAGUUACUUCAUCGUGCAACAUGGACUCCAGGUGAUGGUUUUAGUUUAAAUUUACCUAAGGAUUUGUUUGGUGAUGAACAAUUGAGUGACGGUGAAGAUGAUAGUCUUACACCCGAAUUGAUAAGUCAUAAUACAAAGCCUAAAUCUGGCACAGAAAUAAAAGCUGUAGUCGAAGAAGAACGACGGGUAGGGAACGUGAGUGAUGCGGAUUUAAGUUCAGGAACCAAAUGGGUUGAUCGUUUUGCAUAA